CUUUUUGGAGGGAAUAUUUUUUUUUUUAAAAUUUUUUUUAAAAGCCCUAGUUAGGAAUUUAGCGCCAUAUCAGUCUACUUUUUCUCCAAGUCACAUUCUGUUUGAAGUAGCAGAAAACACCGCGAAAGGACGCCUGUGAACUGGAAUUUCACCGGCCAAAAAUGGUAUUCCUCCGCCAUCAAUUCCCUUCCCGGAAAAGACCUUCCUCUGCGUCCUUUAUAUCCCCUCUCCCGGAACCCAAAAUCCCCAAAACCACCGCCACCGGAUCACCACCAUCUUCAGAAAACAAUUGUGUUGAGGAGGAUGUUCCAGCUGUAGCAAUUGAUAAGAUGGUAUCUAUUCUGGCAGAUGCAGGCUGUACGCUGAUAAAUCCCUCCGGUCCACCCUGCCUUCCUUCCGAUCCCUUGAAGCUCCGCUCUCAUCUCGACCGCUUAUUCUCGGCUUCCCAUGAAGGCCGUGCCCUGCGCUCCCAUUUCCUUGCUGGUUUCUCCUCUUUCAUUGACUCCCCCAAAAAUCUCCGUAGGGUUUUGGUUGCUUCAAAUCAAUGUGGCGGCAGAAGUGAGAGCUUAAUGCGACAACUUUUGCUGGUCCCGGCCAUCCAAUUGGACCUCCAGAUAUUGAUUCUCGAGAAAAUUCCUGAAUAUUUCGAUGUCGAUCCAGAUUGUUCGCUCGAGGAUGAUGUUGCACGGCUUAUAAUUAAUCAUUUUCGGUGGCUUGAUUUUAUGGUGGAUUGUAGUGCCUUCUUAGAAAAAUUGAUGCAAGUUCUCUUGAUUUGCCCUUUACACUUUAAGAAAGAGAUUAUUGGAUCCUUGCCGGAGAUUAUUGGUGAUCAAAGCAAUAAGGCUGUGUUUGAUUCCCUUGGACAAAUGGUCCGAGAAGACUCUUCUAUCAUCAUGUCUGUGCUUGACUGUUUUUCAAACCUUAAUUUGGAUGACAUCUUGCAAGAACAGGUUAUUACCAUAGCAAUAUCGUACAUUAAAACAAUUGACGGGGAGCACAUGCCUCAUUUGCUAAGAUUCUUGCUGCUUAACGCAACACCUCUAAAUGUUCGAAGAAUAGUAUUGCAUAUUCGUGAGCAGCUUAAGUUUAUAGGAACAUCUCAUGCAAUGCAGCACAAAAAACUCAAAGGAAAAUCACUUAUGGCCAGUACAGAGGCAUCUAUUCUUGAUGCGUUAAGAACUGGUCUUCUAUCUAAGAGUAUGCUAUGUCAGGAGAUUUUGAAAGUAUUGAUUAGUCUUGAGAAGCCUCAGGAUCACAAGAUCACAGACUUGUGGCUUCUUGUGUUGAUAUACAUGAAUGGCAAGUCCAUGAAAAAGAGCAUCGAGAAGAUAUUUAGGAAGAAAGUUGUUGAAAAUUGUAUUCAGAAAGUUAUGAUUGACCAGUGUAUUUGUGGAAACAGGGAAUUGGUACAGGAUUAUUUUCCACCAUUUCUUUCUUUGUCGGAGUACUUCUUGACAUGUAGAGAGCAGAAGGCAAGGGAUUUUGGAACUCACAUUUACAUGUGCUUAUUUGGAGAGUUUGGUGAUACUUACUGUAGACAAGAAGUUCUUAGUUCACUGGUAACUCAUGUCGGUUCUGGAGUUAGCUUUGAAGUGACUUCUGCUUUGGAGACCAUGGCUUUCAUGGCCUCCAAGUAUGCCCAAGAAUUAAUUCCACUUUCUACUCAUAUAAAUGGUAUAUUGGAUUACUUGGAGGCUUUUAACAUUGAAAAUCUACACAAGGUGUAUGAAAUUUUCAGCCACCUAGCAUUGUUGGCUCGAUCUAGUGAGGAAUGUUUUGGGUCUUCUUUUGGAAAUGAACUUUUAAUGAUACUACGGAAACAGGUCAACCAUCCCGAUUUGAAGUACAAAAAGAUGGGUUUAAUUGGAACUCUGAAAGUAGUAUCUUGUCUUGCAGAUGUGACUAAAGUUAGUGGUACAUCAUUUGAGAAAACCAACUGUCAGGAGGCUUUGGAACUCUUAAGAACAUCUCUGGAUUCUUCCAAGCAUUUUUGCUUACCACUGAUCCUUUUUUAUGACGAACUAACUGUAAUGCUAGAACAUAAAAGACUUCAGCCAGAAAUUAUUGAAUGGAUUGCCAAACAUAUUGGAGAAUUUGAAUCUAUGUUUCUUUCUGAUCUUGAUGGUGGGCAAUUGCAUAGUGCAGAUGCAUAUGGGGGUUUAGAAGGGGAACUGUGGAUGAAUCUGGAUGGAGACAUAUCUCCUGUUUGUUUGAGUAUCUUUCCAUUGGCCUCCUCUUCCUUACAGUCUACAACUUCUUUACAAGUUCUCCCUGCAUACUUUCUCUUACUUUCAGUUGUGGAGAGGUUGACAAAUCAGGGAUCUCUUGGUGGAAUUGAUGCAUUGCUAGGCUGCCCUUUACACCUUCCCGCAUCUAAGUACUUCUCUGUAGCAGGCUGGCAGUCACUGACAGCAAAGCAGAAACAGAUUGUUUGCCUUUCUCUUUAUUAUGCAAUCAACUGGAUAAGAGAACUGCUUAAUGCUUUCUGUACACAAGUUGCUCGAGGAUUUGAAUGCAUCAGCCAAGUGACGAAGGAGGAUAUAAUUGCCAAACUAUUGAAGCGAUUGAGGAAUCUAGUAUUUCUGGAAAGCUUGUUAAAUAAUUCCAUUCGAAGCCACCCUAUGUCUCUACCAGAGCUACAUCUUCAUGUGCAGCAUUCUGGAACUUCACUCUUUGAUAAUGCCUAUGAUAUGAUGCAUGCAGAAAUUAACAAUAAGCAUAAGAAAACACACGAUACCAUAUCUCCAAACAAGAACAGACAUAACAAAGUCUCAACUCAAUCAAGUUCAGGUACAAAUAGGAAACUCCAGCAGCCAACAAUUUUUGAAAUGUUAAGGAAAGGGGGAGCUGUAAGCAGCAAACAGCUUGUACAUGAGGAUUCUUCUGGCCAACCUUUGAAGUCACUCAAUUCUGCAGAUCAAGAAUCAGAUUCUACUGAACAGCUAAUUUUAGAAGUUCCAGCAGCUUCCAAGGCUUUGAAUGCACAGAGAUGUAAAUUCAGGCCUCUACUGAUGCAAUGCUUCUCCCUUUUGGAAUUUUCAAAGAAGCAAGACUCCUGUUGUUCUGAUCCUACAGCCGAGUUACCCGUAUAUUUAUACCUUUUGAGUGAUCUUCACAACAAGGUGGAUUACUUCACUCCUACAAAGCAAUUCUCAUCCAGAUGCACAAAUCCCGGUCCUGGUUUCUGUAGAAUGGCUGUGAAAGAAUUCUUGACCAAAAUUAGACCACUUUUCCCAAAUCUCAGAAGGCAUUUUGAUAGAGCAGUUUCUAUUCUUAAAGAAGAGGGGACACAAUCACACAAAUAUGAGCAAAUCAUAUCAGGUGAUGAACAUUGUGAAGAACAUUGGAAGGUGCAUUCUUCACUUGCUGGCAAUCCAGAGAUAGCCAAGCUUGGAAUUUCAAACUAUUCUAUGUCUGUUUCGGUAUCUAAGGAAAUACUUCAUUGUUUUAGUAAGAUGUUAAACCUUCCUGAAGUUCAAGGGGAAAAAACAAUUCUCUCAGAUCUACUGGAAGCUUUCCAGCCCAGCAAAAUAUCUGAGAUUGUUUUCUCUGACAUACAACCUAGGCCUUUACCUGGGACAAUGGAGUAUUUAUAUUUAGGUGCUGCUUCAUUUUUAGAAGAUGUGUUGAGUAAAGCAUGUUCAUCGUCCUUUACGUUGGCUUCAGAGUGUCUUUUUACCCUAGAAUCAAUUGUUGCCUCAGUCCAGAUAUUCCUUAAUAAGUUGGAGAGGAAUGUUGAAAGUACGCACCCAAUAUCCAUUGAUAGGAUCCUUCCAACUUUGCAGAGCAUACUUGGAACUUCAGCCCAAAAGCUUCUGCAGCACAAGUGGGAUGAUAUGAGCCUAGAGAAUGGUUGGAAAAACAAAGGAGAAAUCAUGCAAAAGAUAUUAUUUAUUUACAUGGAGAAUAGUGAGUCCAAGUCUGAUUUGCUGGAUGAACUGGCUUGCUCCAUUUUGCCUGAGGUUCCGUCUUGCAAAACAAUGACCGAGCAUGAUAAUCACGGUUUUUCGACUUUGUGCAAUGAAACUUUUGCUAUGUGGUAUCGUGUGAUGCAUGAAGAGAACCUUGCUAUUCUUAACAGCUUGGUUAAGGAUGUCAUUCUCAGGAAAACUGGAGCUGGUGUUCAGCUUGAAAUGGUUGAAAACCAUUUGAUCAAAAUACAAAGAUCUGUGAAUGUGGUGGUUUCCUUGGUUAGUACGUGCAGGACUCAUGACAAGGUAAUUGUGCGUGCCAUGGCUGUCAAAUAUGGUGGGAAGUUUGUCGAUUCGUUCCUUAAAGUGUUUGAGUUCUUACAGGCCCACUUUCGAACACACAGUGAGAUUAUAAUCCAAUUGGUGAAGGAGCUUCAAAAGGCCACAAGAACAAUACAGACACUAUGCUCUGAAGCAAAGGGCUCGAAACAAAUUGCUAUCACUAGCAAAAUUCCUCCAACAAAGCGAUCUAUAGAACGUUUCUUGUUCCAUGUUAAGGCUCUUCUUCAUACAACACCGACUGCCUGUACUUUUUGGAUGGGGAAUCUUAAACAUAAAAACUUGAGGGGUGAAGUAGUAAGCUCCCAAGUUUAUGCGGACGAUCAAAAUUCAAAUUCUAAUGCUGAUGAAGAUUUGGCAGAAGCUGAAGAUAGUGAUCAGCCUGUUAAUAUUGGUAGUGAAGAGGACAAGGACAUUGAAUGAUAUGUGCCUCUUUUAUCCACCACUCAAAUAUGUAUGAUAUGGUAACAGUAUUUAGUUGUAUGUAAUUCUUAUAUAUAUAUAUAAAGACGGAUUUAAAAUAGGUUAUAAAA